AUUACAAUUGAAAAGUGUGUCAACACAAGCAGUGAAUGUAAGGCAAGAAUUGGCCGAAACCUGAAUCGUCUCAUAUUCUGUGGUUUGAGUGUUAAGUGAAAUAUACUUUGAUUUGAAUUGAAGUGAAGAUAAUUGAAUGAAUCGAUUGAUUGAGUGAUUCAUUGCGUCCACACUAUAGCGAAGAUGUCAUCACUUCUCAGUCGGUGUCCCAAACAAUGUCUUCUCUACUACCCAUCCAUUGGUGUGAGAACCACUCAAACAAUGGCCGAACCGAAGAGCAAAGAGAAACUGAAGAAAUUCUCAAUCUAUCGAUGGGAUCCCGAAAAGUCUUCAGUGAAACCACAUUUGCAGACAUAUGAAGUGGACCUCAAUGCAUGCGGUCCAAUGGUUUUGGACGCCUUGAUUAAGAUCAAGAACGAGAUGGACCCGAGCCUCACAUUCAGACGCUCGUGUCGAGAGGGCAUAUGCCGUGUGCGCGCCCUUUUAGGACUCGGGUACUCCGAGUCAAGAGUUAUUAAUGAAUUGAAACACCAGAAGAUAAAGUGCUCGAAAGGGACCAUCUAUUGGAUCAAACAAAUGGACAAAAAGUCUUUGCCAAAGAAGGAAAAUCAGACACCGAAUGUGCAGACAUUACGGGUGUUAACCAAACGUAAACUUAAGACACUCUCAAAUAUGGCCAAUAAAACGGAUCCACCGACUCAAAAGCACAUGGCUAAAGUCCUGAAGACAUGCAAGACCAAUAUUGGUCACCACAUCCACAAAACAUUAAAAUUAAAGACCCGGAAGAAACGCUUAGUUCACGUUAUGAACGACAAAAAUAUCGAGAACAGACGGACCCGAUCACUGGCCUUAUAUAAGUUAUUAAAUAAGUCUAAAUGGCAACGAAUGAUCACCACAGAUGAGGCGUGGUUUUACAUGUCUGAUGGACACGGAAAACGCCGUAUACAAUACGUUAGUCGCGAUCAAAAGUGCCCCAAACUCGAGACAUUUAAUCGGCGCGAGUCAAAUGCAAAGGGGUUUAUGGUGUGGGCCGGCGUGUCCUACAAGGGCAAAACAAGUCUUCAUCACGAUUCCGCCCCCAGCCAUGUUUCAAAGUUUACCACUGAGUUCAUGAAGAAGACAAUGCGGUUCAUACCAAAAGAAAAAUGGAUCCCAAGAAGUCCCGAUGCGGCCCCGAUGGACUAUUUUGUGUGGGGAUACCUUAAACAUAUAAUUUCCCAAACAAAAGUCAGAGACAUGGCUGGCCUGAAAAGAGCUCUCAGAAGGGCGUGGAAGCGUUUACCUCAAGAACUCAUUAACAAAGCGAUCGAGAGUUGGCCCAAAAGAGGACCCCGAUCCAACUCGGGACAGUACUGCCCAGAUAUUCCUGACCACAACAAAGCCAUGCUAAACACAUCGAAGACAGUCUCGAAGAGAGCGGCGAAGACGAAGACACGAGACAUGGGUUUCGAAAUCAACUGUUUUGUGAGUCCAUCGCUGGUUAACGAAGACCUCAUUUGCAAUAUCUGUGGAGGAGUUCUGGAGGACGGCCUCUGGUCUCCAGAAUGCGAGCACUCCUUCUGCAAAGUUUGUAUCCAUAAAUGGCUGCAAAGAAGUACUGUCUGUCCGAAUGACAGGCAAUACCUGAAUCUAACGCUUCUUAAGCCGAUCCCAAGAUUUAUGCGAAAUAUUUUGGAUAAACUGGAAAUGAAGUGCAAAUUCAUUGGCAACGGAUGUCUUCAAGUGAUUCCUUUGGAGUCUCUGCGACAACACAUUCCUGUCUGCGAUUUCAAUCCCGACAAACAGAUUGAUUGUGUGUCCGGAUGUGGUCUCACGCUUAAGAAGCGAGAGCUCGAGAGCCAUAACUGUGUGAAGGCUUUGCGCCAAAGAGUCGACACUUUGGUCGAAGAAAACAUGAAAUACGAGCGAAGCGUCACUUCUGUUAGAUUUGAAUUGAAUUCUUUGCGCAACGAAAACAAGAAAACCAAUGAAUUGGUUAAUAGUCUUCAAAACGAUGUCAAAAGACUGUUAGCCGACCGACAGAUGUCUGUAUCCACGGAUAGCAACGCCUCAGCCGUUCCGCAGAGCUCUUUGGGCGUGAAGUCGGAGAAAAACAGUCGAAUGGUUCCCAACCCUUACGUUCUCAUAACACCACUUCAGUCAUCGCUGGGAACUACUGACGAGCCCUCGAGUUCCACAUUGAUUACAUCCGCCAAUCGGUUCAACAACGAAGAGCCGCCAUAUAAGCGAAGAACAGCCAUCCGUUUGGCCACUCCGUUGUCCACAAGCGGAUCCAUG